UACAGCCUCAUUCUUUAAUAUUAUCAAGAGUAUCUAUCUAUAUAGGGUAUGGGGGCGACUAUAUAUGUAACACUGCAACCUCCCUUACCUUGUUCAUAGAUUUCCCAGUUGAAUUUUUCUCCACUUUUUAUCUUCUCCUUUAUCCAUAAUUAAUAUUCCUAGCUCCAACUAUAUAUAUAUAUAUAUAUAUAUAUAUACAUACACACACACAUAUAUAUACAACUUCAUAUAUCCGAUCCAUACCUUAAAUUUUGGUUAAUUUAAUUUCAGGGUGAUGAUCAUGAGCAAUAACAUGUUGAAUCCAACGAAUACGAGGGCCAUGUUCGAUUUAGCUUACGAUCGAGGUUAAAUUCUUUCCAUCUUUUGUAGCUAAAAUAACCUAGCUAUAUAUCAAGGUUUUUUUUUUCUUUUUUAAUUUUAUGUUAUAGUAGACAUAGAUAUAUAUAUAUAUAUUAUAUAUACAUAUAUGGAAGUUGAGUACAAGAAAGACAAAAAAAGUUGUUCAAUAUUCAAGAACAUGUUCUUCGCUAAGAGCAUGACGUCAUCGAAGAAGGUGGCCCCCACGGGGUGCUUCACGGUCUACGUGGGCCCGGAGAAGCGGAGGUUCGCGAUCAAGACCGAGUUCGCCAACCACCCUUUGUUCAAGAUGCUGCUCGAGGAUGCCGAAUUGGAGUACGGAUUCGCGAACGAGGGCCCGUUGAUGCUCCCUUGUGGGGUGGAUCUCUUCUGCAGAGUGCUGGCUGAAAUGGAUGGUGGUGAUCAUCUUAAGAAAUAUCGAUAUUUUAAUGAUGAUGGUGAUGAUGAUUGUGACGUUGGGUAUGGGUAUGGUGGGUCGUCGUGCAGUCCGUUUAAUAAUCCGGCGAGGCGUUUGGGGAGAAGCAGAUCGGCGGCGGCAAAGGGCUGCCGCUCUUAUGGACUUCUCACUCCGACCAGGUUGCUCAAAAUUAAUCACUUUUAAUUAGGGCCCAAUUAUAUAUUAUAUAUAUGUAUGUAUGUAUGUGCAAAAAAAAUGAUAUAUAAAAAAUAUAUAUCGUUGUUCCUAUUAUCUUAGAUUUAUAUGUAUGUUAUAAAGCAGCAGUUUUAGUUUGUAGAUUA